GGUAUAAAGAGUGUUUUAAGACACCCUAUUUAAAAGGGGCACCAAAGGAUUCCCAACUACCAUGUUUAAAAAAAAACAAGAAAAGAACAAGUAGGGAAAUAGCGUGUGUCUAGGAAAAAUAUAGGUCAUAGAAAUAUACGUGAAGGGUAGAAAUCAAGAAUGGAUCGCCUAUCAUCAUUAUCAUCCUUGAAAAAACAACGAUCUUUAGGGAUAUCCGCCGCCGAUGCAGAUGACGAGCACCGGCCAAUACUAUUGGGCAACCACCGCCGUCACGACGCAUCGCCUUCCUCUUCUAAUGAAAACUCUCCAGUUAUGAGGCGUUCGUCGUCCCUAAUUCAUAACAAUAACAAUAAUAAUCCCCACGACGGAGAAAGGGGGGAGGUCAUCAUCAAAAUAGACGGAGAUAGCAAUCAACGCGGCGGCAUUCUCCACGACAAUGGCGGCGAGGAGUUUGAAUUCCAACAUAAUGGCUGUAAGGAUGUGGUGGAGGACCCGCCGUCGAGGCUGAUCGGCCAGUUUCUCAACAAACAGAGGGCGGCCGGGGGAGAGAUGUGUCUCGACAUGGACAUGGAAAUGGACGAGUUGCGUGAGAGCAGCUCGGGUGCAUGUGCAUGUUCACCCGUUAGUUUUCCACCACAGGAACCCUAUUUCUCUAAUCGCUACAACAGCAAUCGGAUCUCCGCAUCCAGAGAUCUCAAGGUUCAAUUCAUUGAAGAGCAUUCGGGAGAUUCAACGCCUCCCAACAAUAGAGUGGUCAAUACCACCCCCGAUCAUCACCAACAAAAUCAUUCUCCAUCAUCUUCAUUGUUGUCAUCUGAUGACGACAACGACGAUGAAGAGAUGAUGGAGCCGCCUCAACAACAGCAACAACACAACAGGAGAAGAACGUCAGGCAGCAUGACUUUCAACUUCAACAACAAGAACAACGUUGUUGAGGGGAGCGGAGGAGGAGAUGGCCACGUGGUGAAAUGCACCUCCUUCCAAAGGAGGGGCAGUUUUAUAACAGGGAGAAUGAUGAUAAACAAAACCAAGUCAAGGCUAAUGGAUGACAUUGUGGUCGUCCCGGAUGUUGUCGUUUCAGAGAAGAAGUCCGGGAAGAUAUUUGGGAAAUCUUCUGUUCAGACCAUGAGGUCUUCCGGACUGAUGAUGGGAAAGUCGCCCGAGGAAGAGGAAGACGAUCCUCUCUUGGACGACUUUGACAUCCCAGACGAAUUCAAGAGUUCCAAGAUCGACGCGCUCACCCUGGCACAGUGGAUCAGCUUGGUGGUCAUUGUAACGUCUUUGGUGUGCACCCUCUGCUUCCCGAGCCUCAAGGCCUACAGAAUGAGGGGCCUGAGGCUUUGGAAGUGGGAGGUCCUCAUUCUUGUGUUGAUAUGCGGGAGGCUAGUAUCAGGAUGGGCCAUCAGGGUGGCCGUGUUUUUCAUCGAGAGGAACUUUCUACUAAGGAAGAGGUUGCUGUAUUUCGUGUAUGGGGUGAGGAGAGCGGUGCAAAACUGCUUGUGGCUGGGGCUGGUGCUCAUUGCGUGGCACUCCAUGUUCGACAAGAAGGUGGAAGGGAAUAAUGACUUCCUCCGGUCUGUCAACAAGAUCAUGGUGUGCAUGUUGAUCGGCAUCACCCUUUGGCUGCUCAAGACUCUCAUGGUGAAAGUACUCGCUUCUUCGUUCCACGUUAGCAAAUUCUUUGACCGGAUUCAGGAGUCGCUUUUCAACCAGUAUAUCAUCGAGGCUUUGUCGGGUCCCCCGUUGAACGAGAUACACAACCAGAGCGAUGUCAGAGACGAUCUGAGGCGCUUCUUGCGGCAAGAGGAAGCAGUGCAAGCCAUGAAUCUUCUAGGCGGAUCGCGUGAUUGCAGAAGGAUCAGGAAAGCGUCCCUUAAAAAUUGGGUGGUUAAUGUGUUCAGAGAAAGAAGAGCAUUAGCACUAACAUUGGACGACACAAAAACAGCGGUUAAAAAGUUGCACCAAAUGGUGACGGUGUUGGUGGCGGUCAUCAUUUUCCUCAUCAGCCUCGUAAUCCUAGGAUUUGUAACGGGAAGGGAUCUUAUGUACAUAAGCUCCCAGGUGGUGAUCGUGACAUUCAUUUUUGGGAACCAAUGCAAGAACGUGUUCGAGGCAAUCAUAUUCUUGUUCGUGAUGCAUCCGUUCGAUGUGGGGGACAGAUGCGAGGUGGACGGAGUGGAGAUGGUGGUUGAGGAGAUGAACAUAUUGACAACUGUGUUCCUGAGGUAUGACAACCUAAAGGUACACUUCCCAAACAGCACGCUGGCAAUGCGGCCCAUAGGAAACUUCUACCGGAGCCCAGACAUGGGAGACUCAGUGGACUUCUUGGUCCACAUAGCGACGCCAAUGGACAAGAUAAAAGUAAUGAACCAGAGGAUAGUGAACUUUGUGGAGAGCAAGAAGGAGCACUGGUAUUCGUCCCCCAUGGUUGUGUUGAUGAACAUUGGGGACAUAAACAAGCUGAAAAUGUCAGUUUGGCUGAGACACAGGAUGAACUUCCAAGACAUGGGAGAGAGGUGGUUGCGACGCGCUCAGCUGGUGGAUGAGAUGGUUAAAAUCUUCAAGGAGAUGGACAUAGACUACCGCCUCUAUCCUAUCGACAUUAACAUUAGGGCGAUGCCCCCUACCGUUCAAUCCACCCGACAUCCGCCUAAGUGGCAGCCUCCCUCCAUCCCAGAUCCAUCGGCUUGAUGUGCAUGCCUUUAUUGGGUUGGGUGUAUGCUUCCAAAUUAUAUCCUUCAAGUCCACAAUUUGAAUUCAAAUUGAACUCUCAAGCCAUUUUUGAUAGUUGUAUUUAGAUUUACUUAGUUUUCUACUCAGUUGGAUUAGUUUUCUACCCCAUUUUACUUUACUUAGUUAGUAGUAUGAUGUAUCAAAUACUCGGUAGCUAGUUUUUUCUUAAAGCACUUGUAUAUAAUUAAUAGGCACCUAUGUG